GCACAUUCGAAGAAAAUGUUCAUCGCCCCGAUGAAGUGGCUGCUCCUUCAAGAUCGAAGAAUGUUGAUCGAUAACGCCAACGUAACUUCUACGUAUGAUAACUUAGAGAUCUUUGAAGGUUUAGCUAUCUAUCCUGACAGUGACGUGAUAUUCGCUCGAAGAUUCGAUAAUGAUUUUCUUCAAUUGACAUCAGUAUAUCGACCGAGUCCACAACGAACAGUAAUAUGGGAAAAUCGUGGAAACUGGACAAUCAAAAAUGGUUUACAAAUGAGUACUUUCGAUGUGGCUUCGGCAAGAAGAAGGAAUCUUCAGCAGUCACAUCUUAAGUCCUGUCUUGUGAUGACAGAUCCUAACACGAUCAAUCACUUAACUGAUUUUAAAUAUAAUAUGAUAGAUCCUGUAACAAAGGUGAAUUAUAUUUGGAUACUUCAUUUAAUAAACCGGAUGAACGCAACAAUAAGUUUCAACGUUUCCAAUAACUGGGGACGUAUUGUCAAUAUUAACAAUGGCUCCUGGGACGGGAUGAUCGGGAUGCUGCAACGACAUGAAAUUGACAUUGGCGGCACUCCUAUGUAUAUGAUGACGAAUCGCAUUCAUAUAUUAGAAUACAUUCAAUUAUACACACGCUCUGGUUUGUGUUUCGUGUUUCGACGACCAUUAUUAUCGACCAUAAAAAACAUCUUCACCUUACCCUUUCAAAGAAAUGUCUGGAUAGCAAUCGGUAUAUUUCUUGUUCUUGUCUUUUGCUUGCUAUACAUGUCUAUGAAAUGGGAACACUAUCGAGGUACUUCGAAAAAAUCGGCAGCUUACUGGAAUCAAUUAAAUAUUAGCAAACCAACAAUCAUCGAUAAUCUCCUCGUCAUUUUAGGUGCAUUUGCGCAACAAGGAUAUUCAUAUGAGCCAUAUAGAAUUCCAUCUCGAAUCAUCAUUCUUAUGUUAUUACUGACUUCGCUGAGUCUUUAUGCAGCUUACACGGCAAAUAUAGUGGCUCUGUUGCAAACUCCCACAGACUCGAUCAAAACCCUUUCCGAUCUCUUGCAUAGUCCGUUAAAUUUAGGAGUACAAGAUAUAGUAUUUAAUCGAAAUUAUUUCAAGGCUUUUCAAGACCCCAUCAGAAAAGCAAUCGUGGAGCAGAAGGUUGAACCGAAAGGGCACAAACCGAAUUGGAUGAGUCUCGAAGAAGGAGUACACCGUAUAAAAAAUGAACCUUUUGCAUUUCAUGGUAUACGAAGUCCGAUGUAUCAACUUAUGCAGCACACCUAUCAGGAAGAAGAGAAAUGUGGCCUAACUGAGAUCGAUUAUUUGAAUGAGAUAUACCCGGUUAUUGCAAUUGCGAAAAAAUCACCUUAUUUGGAGAUAAUAAAAAAUGGAGCUUUGAAAUUGCGAGAAUAUGGGCUCAUGUAUCGCGAUGAGUAUCGCAUAUACAUAAAAAAACCGACUUGCUCGAGUCAGACUGGUUUCAUCACCAUCGGUUUUACGGAAUGCUAUUUUGCGAUAAUCACAAUAGGCUACGGAGUGCUAUUUAGCAUAAUUAUAUUUGCUUUCGAACUGUUAUGGCAUAAAAGGUAA